AUGUCCGAAAGAACAUCGGAUUCUACACCUACUCUUGUCCAUCCAUAUACUUCUUACAAAACCAAAGAUUCCUUAUGCUUGUCUCAAUUUGUUCACAUAUACAUUCGCGAUAGGGGAAAGAUUGGGUAUUCAACUAGUGAGAAGAAUGAGCCAAACUUGGAUGAUCCGACCUAUCCGAGUUUGGGAU